AUGGUCGAGGAAGCGAUGGUCGUGACGGUGCGAUGGGUGGCCAAACGCUUCGGUGCAGAACGCUGGGUGCGGAAACGCUGGGGUGCGAAGCGAUGGGUGCGGACCGCUGGAUGCGAAGCGAUGGGUGCGAACCGAUCGGAACCGCCUUGGAUCACAGAGCUGCAAGCUCUCAUAAACGCCCAUAAACUUACCCUGAUUGUGUGAAAUGUACAGAUAACAUGAAGGAGCUCUCCAAAAAUAACGACCACGUGACUUCGCAAGCAAUUCUUUGUGCAGGGAAAAUUCAUUGGAAGAGAUAAGAAAGGAGACACGGGCGACAUGUCUCCACCCACAACCUCCAAGAUUUAGUGUCAAAAGGCACGGAAGAGUGAAAAAUGUCUUGCAGAAUCCAAAAGAAAAUAAUUCACUUGGCUAUUUCUAUAUAAUUACGUAACUGAUACGUCGUUAAUGUUUAAUAUUAAUAUUAUUGCAAAAUAUGAAAAUUAUGUUUUCUUAUCAUUUACAAGGUUAACAGGUAGGUAUUGCCGAAUAUUUAUUAUUCAGCACGUUGAACUUUGACUUUUGAUGAGAAGAAUCAAUUUUAGCUCGUCUGCAAAGCAUAAACUUUCGGAGAAUAUUCUGAUUUCGAAAUAAUU